CCUCCUCCCGUCCCGCCGCAGGGAGAGCGGUGCCGGGCCGCGGAGCCGCGGUGCCCCGCCGAGCCAUGGCGCUCUGGGUGAUGCUGUGGUGCGCGGCCGCCCUGGGCAGCAUCUCCGGCGCCGGCGGCGAGCACUACCAUUACCUCUGGAGGAGCUGCUACCCCUGCUACCCCGGGCGGGCGGGCUACGGAGCCGGCAGAUCCCCGCCUCGGCCAGAUGUUGAUGAGUGCCAAGUCCACAAUGGGGGCUGCCAGCACAGAUGUGUCAACACCCUUGGAUCUUACUAUUGUGAAUGCAAGCCAGGCUUCCGCCUGCACACGGAUGGCAGGACCUGCAUUGCUGUGAACUCGUGUGCCCUGAACAACGGUGGCUGUGAGCACGACUGCGUGCAGGUGACGCUGGCACAGCACCGGUGCCAGUGCCGGCACAACUACCAGCUACGGGAGGAUGGCAAGCGCUGUGUCUUGAGGAACCCCUGCAGCGACAGGAACGGGGGCUGCAUGCACCGGUGCCACAACCACCGCGGGACACCGCGCUGCGAGUGCCACCCUGGCUACCGGCUGGCUCCCGAUGGCAAGGCCUGUGAAGAUGUGAAUGAAUGCCUGGCUGGACUGGCCAUGUGUGCGCACCAGUGUCUCAACACCCGGGGCUCCUUCAAGUGUACCUGUAACCCAGGCUACGAGCUGGGGGCUGAUGGCAGGCAAUGCUACCGGAUAGAAAUGGAGAUUGUGAACAGUUGUGAAGCCAACAACGGGGGCUGCUCCCAUAGCUGCCACCACACCAGCUCCGGCCCGGUCUGUACCUGUAACUUUGGCUAUCGGCUCGAAGAGGACCAGAAGACAUGCACUGAUGUCAAUGAAUGUGACAGCGGUUCUCACUGUUGUCAGCAAGACUGUUACAACUACCCUGGAGGCUACGAGUGUGCCUGCUAUGCUGGGUACCGGCUGGGCACGGACGGCUGUGGGUGUGAUGAUGUGGAUGAGUGCUCUGCAAACAAUGGGGGAUGUGAACACACGUGCCAGAACCAGCCAGGGUCCUUCCAGUGCAGCUGCAAGAUCGGAUACAAGCUACAUGAAGACCGAAGGAGCUGCAUCUCUAUAGAGGACACGGUGGAAGCUCUGGAUGGUCGGCGCCCCGUUAUCCGCCCAAUCCCUCACGUCGCAAUCCUGCGGGAUGAAUUCACCCAGCUCUUCAAUGAUGACUAUGAGGAAGAGGAGGAAGAGAUGGAAGCAAGAGGAGAGCACACCCUUACAGAAAAAUUUGUCUGCCUGGAGCACACGUUCGGCCCCGACUGCAGCCUGACCUGUGAGGACUGCCAGAACGGAGCCACAUGCAACGCAGAGGAGAGCGGCUGCGAGUGCCCGGCGGGCUGGACCGGCAUCCUCUGCAACCAGACUUGCCCAGCCGGCACCUUCGGGGUGAACUGCAGCCUGUCCUGCCGCUGCCAGAACGGGGGCUCCUGCGACCCCAGCACCGGCGCCUGCCGCUGCCCGCCCGGCGUGGCCGGGGAGCUGUGCCAGGAUGGGUGCCCUAAAGGAUUUUAUGGGAAGCAAUGCAGGAAAAAGUGCAACUGCGCCAACCGGGGUCGUUGCCAUCGGAUUUAUGGGGCCUGUCUGUGUGAUCCUGGCUUAUACGGACGGUACUGCCACUUGGCGUGCCCGAAGUGGGCGUUCGGCGCCGGCUGCUCGGAGGAGUGCCGCUGCGUGCAGGAGCACACGCAGGACUGUGACCGGAGGGACGGCUCCUGCCAAUGCAAACCUGGCUACCGCGGCAAGCGCUGCGAGACCCAAUGUGACCCUGGCUAUUACGGGGAUGGCUGCAAGAAGAAAUGUAGCUGCUCUCCAGAAGUGUCUUGUGACCAUGUCACUGGGGAGUGCCUGAAGGAGUGUCCUCAAGGCUACCACGGGGAAAACUGUGAGCAAGAGUGCCCGGAGGGGCGGUUCGGGGCCGGGUGCCGCCAGUCCUGCGCCUGCGGGGGAGCGCCCUGCGAGCGGAGCACGGGGCAGUGCCGCUGCCGGCCCGGCUGGACGGGGCACGACUGCGCGCAAGCUUGUCCCGAAGGUCGCUGGGGCCCAGGCUGCCAGGAGAUAUGUCCGGAGUGUGCAAACGGUGCCCGCUGUGAUCCCACCACCGGAGCCUGCCUGUGCCUGCCUGGAUACACCGGCCAGCGCUGCCAGGAUGUGUGUCCCCCCGGAUGGUUCGGCGCCGACUGCCAGCAGAGCUGCAGCUGUGGGAACGAGGGCCAUUGCCAUCCCGUGACGGGGACGUGCAGCUGUGCCCCUGGAUGGACGGGGUACAACUGUCAGAGAGCCUGUGACGUGGGUCGCUGGGGCCCCAACUGUGCCCACACCUGCAAUUGCAGCAACAGCGAUGGGAGCUGCAGCGCGGAGACGGGGCAGUGCUCCUGUGAGGCCGGCUACACGGGCAGCCACUGCCAGCACAAGUGCCCGGAAGGAUGGUUUGGGCUGAGCUGUCGGCACCGGUGUCAGUGUGAGAAUGGGGCUGCCUGUGACCAUGUCAGUGGGGCAUGUACGUGCAGCCCGGGCUGGCGAGGAACCUUCUGCGAGCACCCCUGUCCUGAUGGAUUUUAUGGACUGGAGUGCCAGCAAGCCUGCGACUGCCUCAACGGUGCCCGCUGCCACCAUGUAACAGGGCAGUGCUACUGUGCCCCCGGAUGGGAUGGGCCCCGCUGCAGCCAAGCGUGCCCGGAGAACAGGUAUGGCCAGAACUGCAGCCGGACCUGCCAGUGUCUCAACAACGCGACCUGCAGCCACGUCAGCGGCCGCUGCCUCUGCGCAGCCGGCUGGAUGGGACCCACGUGCCAGCAAGCGUGCCCGGCAGGUUCCUAUGGGAAGAACUGCCGCCAGCGCUGCCUCUGCCGGCACGGUGGCACCUGUGACCCCGCCACGGGGCUCUGUGCUUGCCCCGCAGGGUGGACAGGGCUGGCCUGCGAGCGGGAGUGUGCCCAGGGCCAGCACGGGCCCGACUGCCAGCAGCGCUGUGAGUGCCACCAUGGAGGGCUCUGCGACCGCCGCACCGGGCUCUGCGCCUGCCAGCCCGGCUGGACCGGAGAGAGCUGCGAGAGCCCUUGUCCAGAGGGGCUGUUUGGGGCACGCUGUGAAGAGCACUGUGACUGUGGGGACAAUGUGACUUGCCAUCACGUUACUGGCGCUUGCAAUUGCCCCCGCGGCUGGAGGGGCCGGCGCUGUGAGAAAGCCUGCCUGCCGGGAUCCUUCGGGAAGGGCUGUGCCAGCCGCUGCGCCUGCCCCCGGGGAGCGCCCUGCGAUCACAUCACGGGCCGGUGCGGCUGCCCGCCGGGAUUCACGGGCUCUGCAUGUGAAAAGGCCUGCCUGCCGGGGACCUUCGGUGAGGGCUGCAGCCAGAUGUGCCAGUGUGCCGGAGCCACCCAGGAGUGCCACCCGGUCACCGGGGCCUGCAUCUGUGCCCCCGGCUUCCACGGCCCCACCUGCGAGCUGGAGUGCUCCCCCGGCUGGUACGGCCGGAGCUGCGACAGGGCUUGCGAGUGCAGGAACGGGGCCCCGUGUGACCCUGCCACGGGGAUGUGCCACUGCCCCGCGGGCUACAUCGGCGCUGACUGCGGCAUCGGAUGUCCCGCUGGUCGCUACGGCAAGGACUGUGCAGGGGUGUGCUCCUGUGGGGAAGGUGCUACCUGUCACCCCAUCACCGGUGACUGCGUUUGCCCACCGGGAAGAACUGGUCCCACCUGUGAGCAAGGCUGUGAGAAGCACCGGUUCGGGGUGGGCUGCCAGCAGACCUGCUCCUGCCGCAAUGGGGGCCUGUGCCAUGCAGCCGAUGGCUCCUGCUCAUGUGUGCCCGGGUGGACCGGGGAGUCCUGCGAGUCAGAAUGCCCACCGGGAUUGUACGGUGCCAACUGCCAGCUCCGCUGUUCCUGCCUGCACAACGCCUCCUGCGACCCGGGGACCGGGGCCUGCCACUGCCCCGCAGGGCACUACGGGCCCCUCUGCGAGCACAGUUGUCCCCCGGGUUUCCAUGGGGCGGGCUGCCGGGAGCACUGCGACUGUGAGCAUGGAGCAGGCUGUGACCCCGUCACCGGUCGCUGCCGGUGUCCCGCUGGGCUCCAUGGCGAGCGCUGCCAGACAGGCUGCAAGGAGGGAAUGUACGGAGAGGGGUGCCAGCAGCUCUGUGACUGCAUCGGCAACGCGUCCUGCGACCCGGCCACGGGGCACUGCCUGUGCCCCCCAGGGAAAACUGGCCUCAAGUGUGGCUCAGACUGCCGACCGACCGAGUACGGCCCCGGCUGCAGCCUGCCCUGCCAGUGUGCCCCCAGCAGCUCCUACUGCAACGCUCGCAACGGCCAGUGCCUCUGCCUGCAUGGGUACACGGGACCGACCUGCCGGGAAGGUAACGUGUGGGUGCAGCACCACAGUGGUACCCCCCGUCUGCCAUCGACCGAGCACCCCUCCUCAGUCCCAGCAGUGAAGCCCACCGGCUCAUCUCCAUCCCAGGGUGGGCUCUGGCCAGGGGAGCACUAGGGCCUGCAGCCACCUCCCGCGCUGUGGCCAAGCGGCCACCUGAAGAGUCAGUGACCUAUUGAAUGAACUUGUUUACAAGCCGCGUCCUGACAGCCCAAGCUGCUGCUUUUGGAGUUGUCUGAGCCAGGUUGGAGCACCGAGUGUCACCAGUUCCACCACGAUGGCACGUGCAGGGCUCCCCGUCACGCACACCGACACCGGCAGACACCAGCAGGAACAGCUCAGAAGCCAUUGCUUCUCAUAAGCAGACUUUGAUAGCUUCUGGCAAAUUGCUGCCCUUCUCUUUUGGGUGCUGUUCUUGGGGAGGGGACUGAAAUUAUGGCCCAAACCAGGUGCUUCUGCAGCCAUACUUACGGGAAGCUGUGCACUGGUGGUGUCAGGACUGAUGGCUGAAGACCCCCAGCUCUCCUUGGGAUCGUGCCUCCUGCGGAAGGGCCACCUCCCCUGGAUCUUUAAAUCUGAAUUUGCAAUGGUCUCUUACUGCAAGUUAUUGGAGGUGUUGGGCUCUGGCCCUUGCCCACAGCUCUGCAGAGCUGGUGCCUGCAGCAUGACCCACCCCACCAGUCCAGCAGCAGGCAGUGCCAUCCUCACCGAGGUGCAGCCCCCUCUUUCUGAGCUUUCAGGGGGGCAGGAGCCUGUCUUUCAUACCAGGAGUGCGCCAUCCCAUGACGUUUGCUCCCGUGAAAAAGCAGCCUAAAUUAAGUGUGAUAAUCCAAGAUACGCUGUGGAUAGACACAAACCUCUUGCCUGGCCCAGUAAAUGCAGACCCCUACUUGAAUGCUCCCACCCCAACCCAGGACGUGUUAUUUUGGUGUUCCCAGCACUGGGAAGGGGAUGGAGGUGGGAACAGCGGCUGGAUCGUGGCUCAGUGGGGAGCAUGGAGCCACAGCAGAGCCUCGGCUGCCACCUGCAGCAACCAGGAACACAAGAGCCCAGCACGGCCCCAACUGCUUCCUCGAUUUGCACAAAGCCCUGGGGAGCAGAGCCCCAGCGCUGCCCAUGGCAGCAGACACCAGCUCUGCGAAGGGGACGGGCUCUCCCCAGCCAGCACCUCUGCCUCUGCCGCCGCUGCUGCAGCCCAGCCCUGCCCGGGCACUCGGCCUUUAAGUUAUUGCCACAGGGGCCAACUGAAACUAAUAAAAGGAUUGUUUCUUUUCC